AUGGAUGGCAAAGCUACUGCCAAUGGGGUCCCCCCUCCCCAGACCAAUGGCACGGCAACCGCUGGGAAAGGGCCAGCAGCUGGCCAGCCUGCAGCAAAACCCAAGCCUGCCAAGAACACUGUGAGAUCAGCCCCCGUCCCUGGAGCUAGGCGGCCUGUGACGGACCACGCCCGCCCGCCCACGGCCCCAUGUGGUGGCUCCAAGCUGCUCAGCAAUGGGGUGCCCCCGAGGGCCGAAGCCUCGCAGAGGAAGCUGCCAGCGGCAGCAUCAGCACCCAAAGCUGGUGCUGCCUCUACCAAGCCCACUCCGGCCAAAACAGUGGCCAGGAAGCCAGUGGGUGAGAGCGGGGCAAAGCCUCCGGAGAAGGCUGGGCCGGGCAAGGCCGGGCAGCCGAAGGGCAUGAGGAAGACGCCGGUUCCAACCAUGGCCUUGGUCCCAAAGUUGGCCUCAGUGAAGCCUGAGAAACCAGAAUCGGCCAAGCCUUCCAGACUCCCUGCUCCAGGGACGAAGGACACCACACAGGUCUCCACCAGAGCCCUGACCAGUAACAAACCAGCCAUGGCCAAACCUAAACAGAUGGCACCACCUGGUGGCCAGGCCUCAGCAGUACCACAGCAGCAGAAAAACACCGCCUCUGCAAAGAAAGACCUCGUCAGAGCUGCCCCCGUCUCCAGGGCCCGGCUGUCUGGCUCGAACCCCACCCUCAACAAGAUUGCUGGCCCGGCCAAGACUUCCAAAGCCAAGCUCCCGGCAGAGCCCAAGGCCAAGAGCCACCCAGUUCCUGCCACUCCCAAGGCCUUGGAGAAGCCAAAGGGGCCAAAGACACCUCCCAAGGCAGGGGGCAGCCAUCCUGCCACCCCACAGAGAGCAGCAGCCUCCACCCUGAAGAGGUUAUCCGCUGGGAGCCCUGGCAAGAAGCCCCCUAAGAAAGAGGCUAGCUACAACCUGGAGCCAGUGCCUGUGCCCAGGAAAAAGCUGCUUUCCCUAGGACAGGGAGAGGCCAAGGAAGCUGCUGCCAAUGUCCUUUUGGCCUCUCCUGAUAUCCUGCCUGGUACAGAAAGGGCAGCCCCUGAGGGCGAUGUGAGACCUCUGGAUGAGAAAGGAUUAACACCGGAGGUGGGCCCGGUCCUGCCCAAGCUGGUCCCUGCAGAUGGGGAUGCUCCCGAGAGCUAUAGGCCAGAGAAAGCCUGGAGCUGCUGCAGGAGCCGGCCCAAUCGCCCCCCUCCCCCAGGGCAGCUGUCGUCCAGUAGCGCCGAGUCAGAGGGGCCGUCCAAGAGCCGCUCCAAGUCCAGCACGCUGAGCGGCCCUGACCUGGCUGGCAAGAGCAGCAGCGAGACCAGCACCCCAGAGGAGCUGCGGGAUUACGACAGCAGCUCCGGCGUGGAGUCCAAGUCGGACGAGAAGCUAGAACAGAGCUUCCCCCGCAGCCCCCUGGAGGACCUGCCAGGGGAGCAGGACCUGGGGAUCCACAUGGACAAGGGGGAUGACGAGGCAGAGACCCUCCCAGCAGAUGAGCUCCUAGGUGACCCGCCCACCGAGCCCACAGUGUCCUCCGAGGAGGAGGGGGAGCUGGAUGGAGACCUCCUGAAGGAGCCCGGCUUCCCUGCCAUGGGCAAGCCCCUGGUGUUCCGGGCGCCGUCCCCACCCCAUAAGCCAUCCCUGGAGGAGUUGGAGGAGCUGGGCUCAGGUGACGCCGGCACCGGGACGCCAGCCUCCACCAACUCGGCCACCUCCUUCGACGCCGUCUUCCACCUCCACUCCACUGACAGCUGCGGGAAGAGCCCGGGCCUCUCCUCCCUGGAAAGUGAAGAGCACUCGGCCGAGAGCACCAGAGACCAGAUCCCCAAGGGCUCAGAGCCGGCCAGCCUCCCUGAGGCGGAAGAGCAUGGCAAGAUCUCCCUCCCCGGGGACUGGGGCUGCCAGCUGGAGCGCCCCCUGCAGAUGGGCCCGGCGGACGAGGAGGAGCUGGCCUCCCAGCCCUAUGGCACCACUCCCCGUGGCCCGGCGGCAGGUGAGAGCGGGGCUGGCCUGGUGCCCUUCUCCUGGGGGCCCUACCCCCCUGAAAUCCUCUCCACCAUUUACGAGGUGGAAGGAGGCGCAGAGACCCCUGGGCAGGUGCCAGAAGAGGAGAAGGAUGGGAACUGCCAGCUCCCCCCUGCUGUCCCCCAUGACAAGGCCCCCCUGCAUCUGGGCAGCCUCCAAGCAACUGUCAUGCAGCAGCUGAUCAGCCGGACUCUGCUCUUCUCCUCCACUGGGGAGGCACCUGUGGGGGGCAGAGGGGCCCCUGUCAUGAGUGAGGUGGAGCUCGGAAAGUGGACAGACCUGCUGUCACCAUUGGAUGAGUCUCGGGCCAGCAUCACCUCAGUCACCAGCUUCUCCCCCGAGGACGUCUCGUCUCCCCAGGGCGACUGGACGGUGGUGGAGGUGGAGACCUUCCACUGACUUCCCCCACCUGCACCAGCUUCACCUCCUCUGGGUGAAGGCUCUGCCUGUUGUGGCUUAGAUCCCUGCUGUGAUCUGCUCUUCUCCUUCACUUGGCUUUUCUGGGGGACCAAGCGUGGUGGGGUGGCCAGUGUCUCUGUUCCAGCCAUGCAGAACUUUCCUUCUACCUCUUAGCCCACAGUGGAGCAAGUGGCUUCCCAAGUUGAGGCUAAGUAACCAGGCAGAGGCAGCAACUGGAAGAACUUGUGCUGGGGUGAGGCUUGGCUGCUUCCCCUGAGUCCUUGACUUCAGUUUCAAAUUUCUGAAUUCUGAUCUCAUCCCCUCCCCAACUCCAUGGAGCUCCCAGAGCCUGCAGCCAAAGCAGUGGAGGGUUAACGGCAGGAUGGGCAAAACUCUCUCUUGCAACCCUCCCCUCCCCCCCCCCCCCGCCACGUCCUCCAUAUACCUCCUGAGUCUGGUCCCCUAAGAGACCGUUUUAAUUUGUUAGCCCUGGUGGCCUCCAUAACAGAUCUACAAUCUACAGGUUCUUUGGAAGAGGGGUUGGCAGUUCCCAGCCAGUUCUCAAACAGCCAAGCCCAUCUCUUCACCUCCUUCCCACCCGCUGCUACAGGAGGCCUCAUUCCUUCAGGAGAACAGUGCCAACCACCUAUGGUGUGGCUGGAAGAAUCGAAGCCAUGGGGGGCAGGGCUUUCCUUGCCCAGUGGCUCUUCCCCCUCAAAGACAUUCUCAGGGCCAUGGUGGGUCAGUUGAGUCCAUGAUCUGUCUAGCCUGUGGCAGGAGGAGGGGAGGAAGAAUGACAUGGCCUUAAAACUGGACUCAACUCUUCAAUGAAUGUUCUCUAAUUUCCUCCUGUGCUCGUGGAGCUGGGCUGAUGGACGAUGGGGAAGGGGGGGUGCUGCAUGCAUGGGGGGUGGUUUCUGACAUGAUUUGCCUGCUGCGUUGGAAGAGAGCGGAGGCCUUGGCUCAUGUUCCAGCUGUUACAUUGUGGGGAUAUGGGGUGGUUGUUUAGUUUCUUUUUUUUUUUUUGCUGCUGUGGGUGUAGCCUUUAUGCACAGAUCUGCUGUCUCAGUUAACUGCCGCUGGCCAGCUGCAACUCCAGUAGCUGAAAGAGGCCCGGGGGGUGGGGGUGGAUUGAAGGCUUGGAUCCUCAGGUCGGGGCUGGGUGCAGGGGGUUGGGGAGGUUCAUAGGCAGAGUGGGGUGGAGAGGCUUGGAGGGGGGCUGGGAAUUCUGCUCCUGCAGGGGCUGAGCCUGUGGCAAGGGGGCAUGUUUUGUGGUAGCCAUGCAUCCUAGCAAUCCCUAGCUGCUUGUGUCUAUGGGCAGGCUGGGUUACAAGGAGACUCUGCCCAGGUCCAGACUCCUGGUGGCAGAGAGGAAGGCACCAUGGUGCCAUCUCCACCAUAACAGCUCAGUCCCUCUUCGGUGCUGCUUGGCUCCAGGGGAGCACUGGGCUGGAUGCAAUGGCAGGGACCUCUCUGGUGCUUUCCUCCAUGCCCACCGAGGUCCUCAGGUGCACCACGGCUGGCACCAAGCUCUCUGAGCAUUUUCCAUAAAGUUCCACUGGGAAGCUCCUCGCUGGAGGAACCCCAAUGCUGCCGGAUGACUUCAGCCCAUGGAGAGGUGGCAGCAGGCUUCCUGCCAUGGCCUAAGCACAACUCACUACUGAAGUUUAGAGGAGCCAGAUGUCAACCCAGCCAUGCAACUUGGUGCAGCCUGCUGCCCCUCAGCCAGCUGGACUUGGCAGACUUCAAGGGGAUGGGCCUGUGUUCUCUAACACUUGGAUCUCAAAGGGGAAAGCACUGGGGUAGCUGAGCCCAACUUGUCAGCCAUUCCCAGUCAAGGGGCAUCCGUGCGGUUAGGCUGUAUCUUGCGGAGAGGUUCCUUAGCCUACCUCCCCAAAGCCACAGCCUGCUAAUGUGUGUAACGGUGUCAUUGUGAACUGUAGAGAAUCUAGCUGCGUUCCUAGCUGUAGUGGAGCAAGUGACUGCGGUGAACAAGUGAUCUUUUCGAUGAAGUGUGUGUCCUGCUGGUUUCAUUCUAACAUAGCAAACUGUGAACCGGAAACUCGUUUAAACAAUAGCAGUGGCUUUUUUUUAAGAGACACUCUAGGUUUUUAAUAAAAAUGAAUUAAAAGUU